UUCUGCCUUCCUUCCAGUCAUGAGGCCAAAGCCGACGAGAUGGACAGUACCCUGCCAGCAGUAGCAGAAGAGCUUCUGAAAGAGAUCAAAAAGGCUUUUAAGGAGACCUCACACGUCCCUGAUGACCUGCUGCUGGGGCUGAAGUUCAUAUUUGGCCCAUGUGCUGUCCCAGCUUUGGAUCUGGUGGAUCAGCGUUCUGUCACCAGAGUCACAUCCCCCAGUGGAAGGACUGCAUACCAGGUUCUGGGGAGCUCGGGGAAACUCUACACCUGCUACAGUUCCUGCCACUACUGCACAUGUCCUGCUUUUGGGUUUACUGUACUGCAGAAGAGCGAGAGCCUUCUGUGCAAACAUAUACUUGCUGUCUACCUCAGUCGGGCCAUCGGAGCCUGCCAGGAACUAACUGUGUCUGAGGAGCAGCUCACAAACAUCUUACUGGCUGAUGAAGAGGAUGAAGGAUGAAGGAUUUGCAGCACAUAUGGAUAUGCUUUCUGUGUACCCUUCCAGCUGUGUAGCUGGCAUUUUUUGUAUCUACAAGGCUGUCAAAUGUUCAUCAUGGCUGGUAGGUUUCUUCCUGUGCUGCAGCCAAGUGUGACAUUAAUUAGCAGCCUUGAACUGAUAGAUUAAUUAAUAAAUGUUAAGAAGCCCAUGUUGAC